CCCGUAUUUCUCAUUGUUGUUGGAUCGGAUGGAUGGGUUCGUUCUUCUUUGCGCACUGCACRGUAGUAGUUGUACGUGCCGUACGACUUCACACUCGCUCUACUACUCGUACCCGAUCUCUCCCGUGUCGUCCGUCUCGGUCCACCUUGAUGGGGGGGGGGUUGUCACGAAACGAAACGAAACGAAACGAAACGAAACCAAAACAAACGGCGAUCUUCCAAACAAACGUUCACGUUCCAACAACCUGUGUUUGUGCUUUGUGCUUUCUGUUUCUGUUUCUGUUUCUGUUUCUGUCCGUGUGCGUGUGCGUUGGUGGGUGUUCUUCCCGGGAAAGGCGCUUGCGGCUGGUUGUCCGAUCGUCCGAUCGAGGGAGCCCACCGCUGCUUCGGAGUGUCGUUGCGCAGCGGAGCAGCGGCAGCGGCAACCACGCCUGCGUCUUCGGCUUUGCGUUUGCGUUUGCGUUUGUAGCAGCAGCAGCAGCAGCAGCAGCAGCUAGAACCAGCAUGGGCGGCAACUGGACGUUCUUUUCGCAGGGACCCGAGGACCAGUACCGGUCUGUGGCCAGCAACCGUAGAGACGGAUCGGCAGCCGCUUCCAAAACCACAGGGAGGGGGGACAACAUCGACAACGACAAAAACAUCGACAAAAACAACAACCUUUGUUCGAAAGACCCCGUCCGACGGCGACAGAGWUCUCGUCCGCAGUCUCAUUCGCAGCCGAAGCAACACGUUCACGAUCGAAGCAGMGACAGAGGCAGAGACAGAGACACCGGCGAGUCGACGCCCCUGUUGACAUUGUCCAGAGACGAGACAAAGCCACCGGCACCAAAUUCAACACCAAGGCCAACACCAACACCAACACCAACACCAACGCUGGAACAGGCACGAGCGCCCCGCAAGACAAAAGGCACGGUCCCUCCCCCCGUCCUCGGCUCGCCACCCGCUUCCGGUGCCACCGGGUCCCUCCUCCUGCGGUCCCUGAGGCACUGGGAGGUCGCCCUCCCGCCCGUCAAGAAGCACGUGGUGGGGGGGGAGCUGGUGGAAACCUUCCGGGGGUCCCUCUACGGGAGCGACGCCAGGCGGAGGCUGCCGGCCGCCAAGCGGAGGCUGACCGUCGAGGUCUACGGACCGCACGAUGAGCGAGGGGGAUGGGGGGGGAGCCUCGGGAGCGGGAGGAGGAGGAGGACCGGCCGGAGGAGGAAGCGGGCCUUUCCGGAUCCGUCUUGUGCCCGCGAUCGGAGCGACAACGACAACGACAACGACAACGACAACCACAACGGCAGCGGCAGCGGUGGGUCUGCACGGGAACGGCGGUCCGUUCUGGGGCUCUUUGGGGGCUUUUGGGCCGGGGAUUCCGCGGCGGUGGUUGGCGAAAGGCAAGCGACAAGGGCGACCGGGACUAUAACACCAAGCAGCAGCAACAGCAGCAGCUGCAGCAUCGAAGCGAGGGACCGCGACGCCGAGAACAACCACCACCACCAGGACCASGACCACGGCUACGAGCUGGGCGAGAGGGACAUUGUCAUCCUUCGGGUCAUGAAGCCCAGGCUCGUCAACGAGUACGACGACGCCUACGGAUUUGGCCUCAACAGCAUMUCGGGGGGCCUCAAGGACCGGGAGUGGGAGUCCCAGUCCAUGUCGGACCGGACCAUGGCGUGGAUGGUCGACGAAGAAAGCRAAACCGAGAGCGGCAGCCACUCUUGGUACGGCUACGGGGCCACCGCGGACCGCCGCGGGAGCGGCCGUUCCCCCGGCCUUCACGACGGCGGCGGCGGCGACGACGACAGCAGCAUCCUCUCGGAAAUGACCACCCACACGAAACCGCAGCGGAAGGCCCAAAAGAACAUCCAGUGGAUYGAGGUCAGCCGGACGAGGCUCUCCCAGGCAGAGAUCGUCCGCAGGGACUUCGAGGCCAACGAGGUGGACCUCGAGAUGGGGGUGGGCCCGAGGACCGUCGUCCGGACCCUCCACUUUGGGGACGGCUACGGGAGCCUCGACGGGAGGACCACCAGGGGGGACGAAGCAUGGGCCUUUGCCCGCCUCCUGGACCUCCUCAAGCGCCUCCAGGCCGAGCGGGCCCGGAGACUGGCCGACCGGCACAGGGGCCUCUUUUCGCCGAGGGGCCUUUCCCUCGGGCCGGGAGACGGUGUCCUCGGCACCGCUGCCGCUGCGGCGGCGAGGGCUGCCGGCGGAUGGGUUCCGGGCCGCCACACCGGGGGCAUUCCUCCGUUUUCCGGCGCGGCCGGCGAAAGGGGGGAGGACGAAGAGGGACACGACGACGACGACGACGACGACGACGACGACGACGACGAAGAAGUGAACAUCCUGGUGGAGAUCGUCUCCGCCUCGAACCUCUCGGGAUCCGGGGGUUCGCACGGGGGCGCAGGAAUAGUUCCCCGCGUGGUGGUCCGCGACGGGAACACCGACGUCCACUCGACGGGCCGCCCCCUGCCGGCCGGGGACGCUUCAGCGUGCAAAGACCCGAUCUGGACCCUGUCCACCGGCUCGCUCUGCCUGCUYCGGUACACCGGCCUCCUGGAUUUCUUCGAGCGGUCCAACGUUCUCGAGUUCUCCCUCAAGACGACGACGGGCCGCGGGCCGGUGGCCGUUUCGGCAGGGGACGACGAUCGCGAAGAGGACGACGAUCGCGAAGAGGAGACCAUCGGAACGGUCAUGGUCCACAAGACGGAACUUCUCGGGGGGAACGGCGAGCGCAAGCCGUACCAGGUCCUCCGGCCGUCCCAGCAACCGGMGGGCGGAAGGCAYCGGGCCCACCGGCUCCCGCCCGCGGCAGCCCCUCUUUCGCCGGACGSGGAUCCCUCCGUUCUMUACCUGCGGUAUCGCAAGGCCUCUCCCGAGGACAUUGCGUUUGUGACCGCCCUCCGCUUGCACAAGCAGAGCCUUUGCACCGCGGAAGGCACCCUUCGCGAAAGGGUGGCCGGGGUGUACGCUUGCGAGGUCCUUCUGGCCCCGAAMGACGGGAACGGAGGGCCCCCCGCGCAGCAAUCGAMGACCGCGAGGACCGAGGCUUCCACCGGCGAGAUCCAGCACCGGGUCCGGCCGGGGCCGGAUCCCGAGAACGCGUCCAAAACCACGUGGAUGACARGGGCCGAGAUGAAAGCWWCGGCUCUGGAACACUCCCGGGCCUGGGUGCUGGCCGGAUCCGGAUCCAUCGGCAGGGUGUACGUCGAAAUCCUGCGCUGCGAGGGGCUGUCAAAGAACAAGAACAACACAUCGAUGGAGCUUUCCGGGAAGAACCAAGCUAACGGCAACGAUAGCAACAGCAACGAUAGCAACAGCAACGAUAGCAACAGCAACGAUGGCAACAAGAACAACGAGAUCAAUCCCUUUGUCUGCCUUGUCUACGAGGAUUCCCUUCUCAACACGGACGUGAUCCACGGCUGCUCCUCGCCGAUCUGGAUGCCCUGGUCGCAGCGGGCCUUUGUGCUGAACACGACACGCCCCUGCUCCCAGCUCUUUCUCGGRGUUCUGGACCGCGGUCGUUGCGACCCGAAAGAGAACGAYCGCCCCCUCGGCCGGGCCGUGGUAAGCCUCACCAACCUCCGRCCGGGGGCCAUCAACACUCUCACGUACGCUCUCUCCGACGGCCCGGAGAACGACACCGAGAAAGGAAGCAUCACGAUCCGCCUGCGGAUCAAGAUGGAGGACGAGCGGAGGGCCCUCCUGUCGGAACCGGGCUUCUCCGGGGACGACCACUACUGCGUYGCUGCCAACGACCCUUCGGACUAUUCGGCMGCGGUGUACUCGCUCGGUGCCGGGAGCGAUCCCCAACCGGAAAACCUUUUYYGGUGCUCGGAGGAGCUCUUCGCCGGCUGCUCGGACGCCCUGGAUUCCAUCGCCGAUGCCAUGGUGACCCUUCUCCUCUGGAGGGGGCACUGCCCGGUCACCCUGACGCUCCCGUUUCGCGACUCCCAACGAAGGAYCGAGGUCUCGUUUCGCCUGCCGCUCCACUCCAUGGUGGCCUUUGCGUGGGCCAUCGCUCUGGCGCGGGAUUUCCAGCUGGUGUUUAGCUUCCUGCCCUUUUCCGUGGGCUGGGCCCUGCUGGCCACGAUGGAAGAACAGCGGAGGCACCCGUCGCCCUGGAGGCGGCCUAGGUCCUACCGGGAGCUCCUCAGGGUCCUUCUCUUCAACAAGAGCCGGCGCUUCCCCCUGCGAACCAUCCGGCCRAACGAGCGGCUGGAAGAAACCGAGCGCUUUGACUCCGCGGCCUCCGAGCGGGCCGGUGCCAGGAGGCAAGCCCUCGAGCGGUGGAGGGCCAAGCGGGAACGGGAGCUAGGGGAAACGGRUYYCCUUGCAGCCACGGGGGAGGAUKCGGCCUUGCUCGGGCAGCAAACACGAGGCAAGGUUUCCCCGGAAAGCACCGAUGCCACGGCCACCAGCGGCAAUGGGGAACCACUGGUGGUUGUUCGGCUCUUGCCUCUGAUCCGAGCCGCGCUGCACAGGUGCUGCGUGCUGCUCCGGAUCUCCCGGAGCAUUGUCUCGUGGCGGGACAGCUACGCGGCCUUUUGGAUCGCGACGAUGGGCUUUCUGGGAUCCUUUGUGGCCCUUUGGAUCCCCUGGGGGGUCCUGGUYCGCUGGGGAUGGACCGUUCUCUUGUGGACGCUCUUUGGUCCGUGGAUGAAGCUCGUGGACCUCUGCCUUUUCCGCCCGGGGGAGGCAGCGAAGGGGUACGAGGACGAUCCGGGAACGGCUACCGAGAUGGAAGAGAGGUACGAAAGGCGCUACGAUUGGUGGCUGGGAAGCAAAAAGCGAAGGAGCGCCCAGCACCGCAUCCACCGAGAGAACACACUCAAAACCAGGGACGCAAWGCGAUACAUGUUUGGGAAGGUGGGUUURUUGCAUUGCAUCGCAUUGCAGUUUUGUUUUGAUUUGGACGAUCGGUUUUCGGGCGUCUCGCUGUAUCGGACAGUGGCAACCCUUUGUGUCGUUCGAAACGCCGCGUUCUACUUGUUGUUUUCUAAUUCGUUUCGUUUCGUUUCGUUUCGUUUCUUCGUUCCUUUUUUUCAGUAUCUUACGAGGGUUCCUAUCUGGAAGGAGGAGCGUUUUCCCUCCAAGCCCGCCAUUUCGUCUUCGUCCGUACCCUACAAUGCCCAUCCACGACCAGUGAACAUCGUGAAGCGGAUCCACGGGCAACGAUUGACGGGUGACAUGGUUCCCCGCCGGGAAUACAACUACGACGAAAACUAUAGCGGCAGCAAUUACAACACCGUUGGCAGAAAGGAAGACGAUGGUUGAUGGGAAUCCAUCCUUCGAUUCGAACGGAGCAAUCGAGCCGAGCGCCUAGCUAAAGAUGGUAAACUACUAGAAUCACCGAUCAAUCUAAUUAAUAUCCCAACAAGCU